CCGGCCCCUGCGCGCGCCGCGCCUAUAAGGCUGGGGCGGGCCCGACCGCGGCCCGCAGAGCCGUCCCCGCCCGCCCGCGCCCCGAUCGGCCCGGUCCCGGGCGAGCCACUCACCGGUGUCCCCCGUCCGCGUCCUCCCCGGGUCCCGGCCAUGGCGCUGAGCGAACCCAUCCUGCCGUCCUUCUCCACAUUCGCCAGCCCGUGCCGCGAACGCGGCCUGCAGGAGCGCUGGCCGCGCGCAGAGCCCGAGGAAGGAGGCACCGACGACGACCUCAACAGCGUGCUGGACUUCAUCCUAUCCAUGGGGCUGGACGGCCUGGGCUCCGAAGCCGCACCGGAGCCGCCGCCGCCGCCGCCGCCCCCGCCGCCUGCGUUCUACUACCCCGAGCCCGGCGCGCCGCCGCCCUACGGCGCCCCCGCGGGUGGCCUGGUGUCCGAGCUGCUGCGGCCCGAGCUGGACGCGCCCCCGGGGCCGGCGCUGCACGGCCGCUUUCUGCUCGCGCCGCCCGGCCGUCUGGUCAAGGCCGAGCCCCCUGAAGCGGACGGCGGCGGAGGCUACGGCUGUGCGCCCGGCCUGGCCCGCGGGCCGCGCGGCCUCAAGCGCGAGGGCGCCCCGGGACCGGGAGCCGCCUGCAUGCGGGGUCCCGGGGGCCGCCCCCCGCCGCCGCCCGACACGCCGCCGCUCAGCCCCGACGGCCCCGCGCGCCUGCCCGCCGGACCGCGCGCGCCUUUCCCGCCGCCCUUCGGCGGCCCCGGCUUCGGCGCGCCCGGGCCCGGCCUGCACUAUGCGCCCCCCGCGCCCGCCGCCUUCGGUCUCUUCGACGACGCGGCCGCUGCCGCAGCAGCCCUGGGCCUGGCGCCACCCGCCGCCCGCGGUCUCCUCACGCCGCCCGCGUCCCCGCUGGAGCUGCUGGAGGCCAAGCCCAAGCGCGGCCGCCGCUCCUGGCCCCGCAAGCGCACCGCCACCCACACCUGCAGCUACGCGGGCUGCGGCAAGACCUACACCAAGAGCUCCCACCUCAAGGCGCACCUGCGCACGCACACAGGUGAGAAGCCCUACCACUGCAACUGGGACGGCUGCGGCUGGAAGUUCGCGCGCUCAGAUGAGCUCACGCGCCACUACCGCAAGCACACGGGCCACCGGCCAUUCCAGUGCCAUCUCUGCGACCGUGCCUUCUCGCGCUCGGACCACCUGGCGCUGCACAUGAAGAGGCACAUGUAGUCCGGACGCCCCGCCCCCACCCCCGACCUGCGCGCGGCCGUGGCGGGUCCCACGCGCCGGGUGCGGCCCCCCCCAAACUGUGACUGCUAUUUAUUGGACCCAGAAGACCGGGCUGGGCACAGCGUGGCCACGGAGGGCUCCCCUCCCCCACCCCCAACUCCCCGACGACAACGACGACGCCACUGCCCCAGCCCCCAUCUGUGACUGGAGGCCCGGUGGGAAAAGACCACGAUCCUCUUUGACGAGUUUUGUUUUCAAAAUGGUGCAAUAAUUAAGUGUCGUCUUUUUCCCCACCGGGUCUACACUAGAGGUUCGAGGCUUGAUGCCUUGUGAAAAAUACAGCCUUAAUUUGUACUGUCUGCGACAUUUUUUAUAAUAUUGUACAUAGUGACUGUGACAGAUAUUGUAUUACUGUAAAUAGGGAGACAGGUGGGCAUUUUGGCUGCCUGGUUUGUUUUUUUAUAAGACUUUUGCUGUUUUUUUUUUAAUUAAAAAAAGAAGUUUUGCAUCUUUU